AUUUGUGUACGUUUACUGUAGUUCCAGAGUGAGUGUCUUGUUUUGAUAAGUUUGCCCAGCAAACGUGACGUUCCGGUGUUGCAGCAUUCUUUGCUGUAAGAAUAGCAGGAAACAGAGCUCGCAGGUGACAGCGGUGUGGAGUUAUGACACUGCCAGCGGUUUUUGUUUUUAUUUUUAAACGGACGGUUAUUCCCGUCCAUCCAAACAUGCAACAAAAGGAGUGGUUCAUGUAAACUGCUGUGGCUGGAGGGUGAACAGGGAAGCGCGCGAGUUCCCCUGGACUUGCCCCUGGAUUUUUAAAAGUGUCAAAAGAGCUAAAACAAAUUGCACAACUGUUAUCUGUCCGCGUACAUAAGUCCGCCGCAGACUACUGCCGCGUAAAGAUAAUGAGACGUCUGCAGUCUCUUAACUGCCUACAGCACCGGACUGAAAUGAAGACCUAGCUUGUGUGAGAAACCUAGAGAACUGCACUGAAAUUAAAGGGGACGUCGCUAGAACGGCCAUUUUCGCGGCAUUUUCGUAACGCUUCGGCAUGGACCGGACCUGGAUUCUGCUGCUGCAGUCGGUUCUCUGGACUGUGCAACCGCCCGCCGGCGCUGCUCCCUGGCCGCGGGACCCCCGAGCGGCUCUGGACGAGUACGUCAACGCCUUCGACCCGCACUACUCGUAUACGGUACUCGAUAACCUCACCAUGAGAGAGGAGGAGUUCACCACGUACGUCCUCAACAUGACAUCUCUGCAGUGGCUGAAUGAGUCGCUGGUGGAUCGGCCGCUGUGGUGGCACUACAUGACGGUGACGGUGCCCCGCCGGAUCACGCCGGGGCUGGAGGACUCCGGCUUCCUGUUUGUGGAUCAGGGAGAUAACGGGCCGCAGCCCCCCACCAACACCAGCUCCAUGCAGGCCGUCAUUGCCGCCUUCGCCGCCAGCAGUGGCACGGUCACUGCCUGUCUGACUCAGAUCCCCAACCAGCCGCUGUCCUUCCUGCACGACGCGGAGGGAAAGAAGUCUCGCAGUGAGGACAGCCUCAUGGCCUACACCUGGUGGCACUUCCUGAGCAAUCUCAACGACGAGCCCCAGUGGCUCCUCCUCUUCCCAAUGACUAAGGCAUGCGUCCGGGGCAUAGACACAGUCACUGACUUCAUGCUCAAGAUCUCUGCAGGCAAGCAGCGCAUCGAGAGGUUCACUGUGGCGGGGGCUUCCAAGAGGGGCUGGGCAGCCUGGUUGGUGGCAGCAGUGGACAGCAGAGUGGUGUCCUUCUUGCCCAUUGUAUUGGACCUUCUGAACAUCUCAGAGAAUCUCCAUCACCAUUUCAGAGCGUAUGGAGGCUGGUCCUUCGCCUUCCAGAACUACUAUGAGCUGAACAUCACUCAGUUCCUGGACUCGCCUCGAAUGAGAUUAGUAGCCAGCAUGAUCGACCCCUUGGCCUACAGUGAGCGCUACAGAAUGAAGCCCAAGCUAAUCAUCUCCACCGGCGGCGAUGAGUUCUUCCUCCCCGACGACUCCCGCUACUACUACCAGCAGCUUCCCGGAGAGAAACACCUCAGGGUCCUGCCCAACACCGAGCACCUGUGUGUGGGUCACUGGGAGACCGUACUGCUCUCCACCCUGUCCUUCUACUGCAGCACCAUGCUGGGCCUCAAACGACCCACAAUGCACUGGAACAGGACGCAGUCGGAGGGUUCAGGUGCCAUUUACCUGUACACUGACUCACCACCAAUCAAAGUGCUCGCCUACGAGGCUUCCACCUGGGAUGCAAAGAGGCGAGAUUUCCGCUGGGCAGUGGCCUGGCCAGGACGUCCGGGGCACAUUCUGUUCCGUCCCGUUCUGUGGUGGUCGUCUCCUGUCAGCAAUCCGACUCCAGGCGUGUAUAUGAAGGAGUUCCUGGUGCCCAAAUUUGGAUGGAGAGCUUUCUUCAUUGAGGCCUCCUUCUCCGGGCCCCUGGGCACAGUGCAGACCUUCACUACAGAGGUGCAGAUCAUCCCCGACACCUUUCCCUUCCCAGAUUGCAAAGCACAGACAUGCCACGGGACUAUAGUCUAGAGCAAGACUCUUCCCACGGGACCAUAGUCUAGAGCAGGACUCUUCCCAUGGGACCAUAGUCUAGAGCAAGACUCUUCCCACGGGACCAUAGUCUAGAGCAGGACUCUUCUCAUGGGACUGUAGUCUAGAGCAGGACUAUUUCCAUGGGACUAUAGUCUAGAGCAGGACUAUUUCCAUGGGACUAAAGUCUAGAGCAAAAAUUUGCCGUUUUGAAUCCAAAAUAGGUCAUUUGUGUGAUUCGUGUAGAUCCGAUGAGUUUUUGAAAUUGGGGGGGGGGGUUCGCCACCGAAGAUUUUCGCCACAAUCAGUUACUAGUAAUGAGCCAAUAACUCUUACACCACCGCCGUUUGUGGUGUUCACUCGCUGGGUGACGCUGUCAUAAAAUUUUCCCCGACCGUGAAGACUGACUGCCUUACUUGUUUACAUUUUGGACAGAUGUGGCUUGUGGGUAAAUCUAUCGCUGUUUCCGUUGCAGCACUUCCGACACAAGCAAUGUUGGAAGGGCUAUCCUAAAAUUUCCUCUUACCGUGAAAAGUGCCUGACCCGCAACCAUAGUAAUGUGUUAACAGUAAAUUUUACGACAACGCUAGCUAACCUUUCGAAAGUCACGUUAAACAAGUAGAAAUUAACGCCAUCAGCGGUGAUUAACAAAUCUACCAAGUAUUGUAAUAAUGGAUUUUCAGGCGUGGAUUUCGAAUUAUUUGUAUUCUUGUAGACCAUUAAGAGCAAUGGAGAAGAGCCAACGUCCUAAUUGUCAAAUUGUCUGUACCCACCGCUUACAGCAAUAAAGUGCUAGUUAUUUUUGGCUGGACCGCAAUAGCGGGGCAGUCCUCAAAACCUACUAGGUUUUGACCUGGUCUUGUUUUUAAAGUGAAAGAAAACCACUGGGUGCCCUAGUGAUGGGUGCUGAGCUGAAAAAUGAACAGGCAGAAAAUCCCUUAAACUGAUUAACGGUAUUAUUGGUGUCAACUUGUUUUUAAUUAUUGUGGUUGAUUAGAAAUUACAUAUUACUAAAUAUGAUAGAGACAGUUCUCCUCGAUUAGUUUAGACGAAAAAAAGAUUCUAUUUGCGUCGCAAAAUUGAGCACAUUGCAAUUGCAUAUUAAAAACUGGAUAAACGUACACACUCCGAAAAUCUUCAUGGCAAAGAUCUGGAAUACGCAGAUUUUGUCAUUUGAACUAGCACAGGUUCGAUGGCAUUUUUCAGUUUAUAAUUUAUUUUGAAUUUAUUUGAUCUUCAUAGCAUGGAGUGACGAAGGAAACUGUGUUUAUCUACAGUUGAAUUAUUCAGAUCGUGGGCAGACUUCAAGGAAAAUGAUUGCAAGUCAAGACUAAUAAUCAGGGGAAGUUUUCUGCCUCCUCGAUUUUCAGCUCAGCAGCCACUGUGCCUUAAGUUAAACUAUCAGUACUAGUCAGUUAAAUAAUGUGUGUAAUAGAACACACCUUGCCAGACCAUAUUGCCACUCUCUCUCUCUUUCUGUCUCUCUCUACCAAAAUAUAACAUAAGCUGUGUUUUCCAUUUGAUUUGUCAGUUGUUGUACAUAUUGUGUUUUUGAUUUAUACUUAUUGUAUACUGGAUGCAAUGCAUUUUAAUACAAUUUUGGACCCGG